AGACGGCUCAGAGGAUGCAAUGCAAAUCCUGUUCCAGUCAUUGUCGCUCAUUUUGCGAUCUGCUGCGGCUGCCUUUUCCCUGACUGCUGUUCCUCACCGCCUGUAGCCCACCAUAGAUAUUGGCGAUGCCAGCUGGCACCAUGUGGCUCUUCGCCGUUGUCUGGCAGCUGCUGCCCGGCGCGGCAUUGGCAGAGCAAACGCAAGUCCUUUGCCAUUCCAGGGGCUGCUACACCUGGCACGGGGAGCGCGCGUCGUUCGACAAGGCGCUGAAAAACUGCGUGAACGACGGCGGCAGUCUGUUGACAAUCAAGACAGAAGAGGAGGCGUCGGACGUCGCUAGGCUGCUGAGGAGGAGUUCGAUCCCAAAUGCCGGUAAAGAUGUCGAGUUUUGGAUCGGCCUCCGCUUGGACUCGGGGCAGUGCACGGACUCUGAUACACCGCUACGGGGCUUUGCCUGGCUGGGUGACAGUAAGACUGCGCUGUACUCAAACUGGCAGAGGGAACCUUACGGCACCUGCUCGUCCCAGAGGUGCGUGACCGUUCAGUAUGCCUCUAACCACAUCGAUUCUACCAACUUCGGAUGGGUCGACCGGGCGUGCUCACGUGAAACUAACGGCUACCUGUGCCAGUUUAACUUUAGGGGGAUGUGCGACGAACUCCGGCUGGCCGGGCCGGGUGAGGUGUCCUACACCUUUCCCUUUUCCCUGAAGCCCCUUGCCAGUUCCAACUUACUUCUGCUUCAGCUUCCUUUUGGCACGCUGGCACGGGUGUCUUGUGCAGAUGAGAAAAAGGAGCAAUUGACCUGCACUGCUAAAAGUGACGGGUCCAUUAGUUGGAGCAAGUCGGAACGCUUUUGUCUUUCGGCAGAGACUGGGUGCCAGUAUAAAAAUGGAGGCUGCCAGCACAACUGCACAGUUAGCGAUGGGUCCGUGCUUUGCUCUUGCCUUGAUGGGUACCAAUUAGACCAGGACAGGUUUUCAUGUACACCCAUCGAUUUCUGCCAGUCAUCCCCGUGCUCCCAUCAGUGCCAGCCUGAGCUGAAUGGAUUCAAAUGCCAAUGUCCCAAUGGAUUUGACCUGGCCGAGAAUCAAAGGGACUGUGUUGAUGUCGACGAGUGUUUAUCUUCCCCCUGCGCUCAGCUGUGCAAAAAUACCCAUGGUGGAUUUUCUUGCGAGUGCAAAUCAGGGUAUGAAAAAGCGAAGGGACAAUGUGAAGAUGUGGACGAGUGCCUCGAUCUGCCCUGUUCUCAAGAAUGUCAAAAUGUUCCCGGCUCCUUCACCUGUUCGUGUUAUAAGGGCUUCAUGCUUAUAGACGGCGUGACCUGUGUGGAUAUCGACGAGUGUCUGGAGACCAAACCCUGCGAACAGGGCUGUAGGAACACCGAGGGCGGCUACCAGUGCCACUGUGCGGAGCACUUCGAGCUCGCAAAGGACGGAACGUCGUGCGUGCCAUCUUCAAAUCCGAAGACACACAACUCCUUUCGCGACGAGGAACUGCAUGUGCAGCAGGUCACAACCCCAGCGCCGCUACUGACAGGACCCUCCGAACUAGAUAAUGAGGAAGAAGAUUACAUCGGAAUGGCCACAGAGAUCCUCGCCGCUAGCCCGGUGUCUACUACCGCACAGGCCGUUCAGCUGGAACACAAUGUGGAUCCCCACAGCUCGUCAUGGGUGCUGGGCUCGGUGCUGCUGGCCUCCGCCGUCCUGCUUCUUCUGAUCGCCGCCGUUAUCUCUUUGAUUGUUUGCCGCCGCAGAAACUCUGACAAGCACGACAAGAAAGAGAAGAAAGAGAAGGUGGCGACAGACAAGUACUGCUGGGUAUCGUCCAAGAGCAAAAAACGAGAAAAGCAAGCGGAUAACAGCAACGGCAAAUUAGCCAUAUCGGCGGGCUCUGCAGAGGAGCACGUGUGACCUGUCCAGUAUAGCGCCUUACAGCGCGGGACCUGGCAAUAGAAGAACACAGGGUGUAGAUAAUGGAAUGGAGACAAUGAGGGCAAAACGUUAGGGUUAAGAGGGGGGCACAGGGGCGUCACUGGGGAUUUGUCUGUAAUAAUGCAAGUGUGUGAGGCUGAGACCAUUCAAUAAGAUGUAACGAGUCUGCAAGUGGGCGUUUAAUUUAAAAGAAUAAACCACAAGGCCGUUUGUUAUCUUUUCGGCUAAA